CCAGCAUCAGAGAAGAUCACCAACGUCUGGAUCGUUCUCCUAAAUCAGCCGGAUGGCUCUCUGGGGUUUUGUUUUAUUUUCUCUCUGCGGACUUCUGAACGGGCUUGAGAGCUCUGUUCAGGAGUGCUGUGAGGUUGGAAGGGCAAUCGCACAGAGGGAUCAAGACUGUUCCUUCCUUCCUCGUGUCACCUCACUCAUCUGCAGCCUUGCUCAGGAGCACUGCUGUCGGGCAGUAGUAAAAGACAGAGCCUGUGGCGAUGGUGUCUGGAUGGCUCGUACUCAGGGGGCCUGCGACAGGCACUUCUUCACAGGAUCCAGCUGGGAAUCUCAAACCUCAAAGAUUUGUUGUGACUGCUGCACGCUAGGUCUGAAGACGGCAAGUAUGCCAACUGCUCUCAGCUGUGUGUGGGUGCUGGCGAAUGCACCUGCCACGAGGGUUUUAAACUGAAAAGGGAUGGAGUGACUUGUGAGGAUGUGAAUGAGUGUCAGACUGGCAGCCAUAACUGCAGCUCUGAGUCCGUUUGUGUCAACACCGAGGGCUCCUUCCACUGUUGGUUCAGCUGUCAUCCUGGAUUCACACUCACAGACGAAAUUACCUGCAAAGACAUAGAUGAGUGCGAGUUUGGGAUACAUAACUGUGAGCAGAACUCUGUUUGCAUCAACACAGCGGGCUCGUUUCACUGCCAGCCAAAGAACUCGUGUGGGGAGGGUUACACUCUGGACGCCACUGGCCGCUGCAUCGAUUUCGAUGAGUGCCUCAUAACCAAGGUUUGUGGUAACCACGUCUGUGUGAACGUGGUGGGAUCUUACCGCUGCAAGUGCCGAGCCGGUUUCUCCUUCAACAAUGUCACCGGACACUGUGAAGACAUUAACGAGUGCAGACAUCAUGCGCGGCUGCUUUGUUCUCACGCGUGUGAGAACACCGAGGGCUCGUACCGAUGCAGCUGCAUUCCUGGCUUCACACUGGCUCACGACGGCCGAAACUGUGAUGACAUUAAUGAGUGCCUGGCAGGCAUGCACAACUGCGGUGAUGGGCAGGUUUGCGUUAAUACCGAGGGCUCGUUUCACUGUCAAAGACUAGUCAGGUGUGACCCCGGAUACCAGCUCACAGACAGCAACAGUUGCCAAGACAUAGAUGAGUGUGUGUUGGGGACUCAUAACUGUGGAGCAAACUUUGUUUGCAUCAACACACCCGGAUCGUUCCACUGUAACACCGUGAGCUGUCCACGGGGUUACCAUCUGUCUGCAGACGGGACGCGCUGUGAAGAUGUGGACGAGUGUCAAACAAGUGAAAUGUGCGGCGGCCACGUCUGCAUCAACCUGGAGGGCUCGUUCCGCUGCGAGUGCAGAACCGGCUUCAUGUUCAACACCAUCAGCAAGCUGUGUGAAGAUAUUAAUGAGUGCACACAUUACCCCGGUCGGCUCUGCGCCCAUAAAUGUGAGAACACCGAGGGCUCGUUUCGUUGCAGCUGCUCCACCGGCUUCACACUGACUCGAGAUGGCCGAGACUGUGAAGAUGUUGACGAGUGUGAGAAUAAACCCUGCAGCCAGGAGUGUACCAAUGUCUACGGCUCAUACCAGUGCUACUGUCACCGUGGUUACCAGCUGAGUGACAAUGACGGGAUAACAUGCGAAGACAUUAAUGAGUGCGCCCUGCCUGGUGUGUGUUCCCACAACUGCAUCAACACUCCUGGUGGCUUCAACUGCACCUGCCCACCUGGGGGCUACACACUCAGCCCGGAUGGACGCACCUGCCAAGAUGUUGACGAAUGUGCAGCAGAAACUCACACCUGCUCUGCCUCUGAGAUCUGCUUUAAUCUCCAAGGAGGACAUCGCUGCUUUAACUUUGAGUGUCCCACAAACUUCAGGCAAGCCACCAGUGGAUCCACAGGAAACGCCUCGGCCGUCUUGCGUUGCGUGAAAUCAUGCCGUCUGCUUGACCUAGAGUGCAGUCACAACCCCACCCACAUCAUCACCUUCACCGUCAUUUCCUUGCCAACCUCGCAACACUUAAAGGAACCUGAAGUGAUUGCUUUACUGCGAACAGCCACAGCGGUUAAACCUGCUAAUCUCCCAGAUCAACCUGAUGUCAUCUUUGAGAUUUUGGAUUCAGACGAACAAAACUCCUUCGAUGUGAUAAAAGACUCUCAGGAUGGUCUAAUCGUCGGUUUGAUCUGCCAGGUGAAACCGAUCCUCGGACCCAAGGAGCUUAUGUUGAGUGUGGUCAUAAAGUACGUCCAAUUGGGGGACGUUUAUCAGCAAAACAUCAUGAACAUCCACAUCCUGGUGUAAAUUUAGCUGAAAACAUUGAAUAGGACAGAAAAAAAGACUUGAAGUUUUUAAAAUCGAGAUUUAAAUGUUUCUUAUACAGUUAAUAAUGUGGUUGGCAACCAAUCCAGGUUUUAAAAUUACAACAGCUCCAUUUAUUUGUGUAGAAACAACAUUUUCAGCCUCUGUGAGGCUGUAGUUUUACAUGUUCUUAGCAUAAUGCUGCUGUCAGCAGGCUAACGUUAACAAUGUACACAUGAAAAAUGCUUUUAUUAAUUUCUAAGAGGAAAAAUGCUUCUUAAUAGUCACAUGAAAUUAAUUGUGUCCUAAUUUUAAUCACUUGAUCUUGUAACAUAACCCAGCAUAAAUGACACAUUUUUACUUUGCAAAAUCAUUUCAAUGGGCAAAUUUAUUUAGUUUCUCUUUAUUUUUUGGCAAAAUUAGAAAAAUAUGAAAUUAGAUUUCAUAUUAAAUACACAGUUUCAAUAUUUUCUUGUUUCUUUCCAGUCUGGGUUUUUUUCUCUCUUUUUUUUGGCUGAAAUUGGAAAUUAACAUCCACAAACCUUCAGAGUACUGUUGAUUAUAUUUAAAUGUUUUAGAGUAAUGCGCUAAAUAAUAGUAGAUAUAUUUAUGUUCUUUAAGCUUUGAUAUAAAUGUUUUUGACAAGAAUUUGAUUUUUAUAAACUUUUAUCGGGGUAGUUUUUGGUUCUGCAAAGAAAAAAUAUUUUUAGAUUAUUUUGUCUUUGACUUUUCUUAUAAAAUACUUUAUAGUAAAAAGGAUCAAUAAAAUGAUAGAUUGUUGACAAAAACUGCAAACUUUGAAACAACAAAAGGAGAAAAAAAAUCCAACAUUAAUGACAGCGAAUCCUCAGGUCCAAAUUUUAACAACACAUUUAUAUUGUGAAGCUAUAAAUAUGGGGUCAUAAUUAACACAAGAUUACUUAUUGAUUGUGUUCCUUAACUUUAAUUCUCUGGUUAAUCUGUAAAAUGUAUUUUUAUUUGUUAUAUGUUUUGACAGAAUAAAACACAAAAUGAUGUUUGUGUCUCCUCAUUGGAUGUAUUUAUUUUUGCCAGACUCCUCGGCCAUCUGUGAAUAAUAAAAUCUUUGAC